CUGUGUGCCAAAUAUUUGACAGACAGAUUGAUAAAGUCUAUCUUUCAAUUUUCCGUCCGCGAUUAGCCACUCCUAUCUUGGUAAUACUUAAUUAGUUUUAAUUUCUUUAAAAGAAAACCCAUGCAAGAGAUGUAGUUUCGCGAUCUCAAAGACUAUAGUGUUGUAUUUUUAUGGGUUAAGUGAUAAAGAACGUCACAAUGACGGGACGUUCGGGCCGUGGUGUGUUUGGUAAGCUGUUCUCCAAGAAGCAAAGCGCCAGGGACGACCGUGUUACGGAGAUAGGCAUGCCAACCAACGUAGUGCAACACAUACACGUUAGCGUGAAUUCGGAGACGGGCAUGAUAGAAGGAUUACCGUCAUCAUGGCUGCGGCAAUUAAACGCGCAAAUAUCGCCCGCAGAACAAAACGAGAACCCAAACGCGGCGAUCCAAGCCGUGGCGUUCCACAACUUCCACGUUUUAAAAAAAGAACAGGCAGAAAAGGAGCCAUGCAAGCCCAUAGUCACAGAGGAGGCGAUCACGAAAGAAGGUUUGGAGAUGAAAAAGUUUUUAGCCAAGAAAAAUGCUCACCAAAGUCAGGACUCCGAUAUAUCUAUAGGCCAGAGUAGUGAGGAGGAUGUCGCACCCACUGAUAUAUCUCAGCGGCAGACAAUGCCAGCUGCACCUAUUAAAAAUAGUCUUAAAAAGAAAGACGCAAUGAUGGAUUUAACUGCUGUGGUUGAAGACCUUUCAUUGAUAGGUACAGAGCCUGAAGAGAGUCCAAUAUUGAGGAAAAAAGAAUUGAUGAAUGCUACAUUGACUGAUGAGGAAAUAUAUGAUGAGUUAAGGAGGAUUUGCAACAAGGAUGACCCAUAUGUUCGGUUUGAGAGGAUCAAACAGCUUGGCGCAGGGGCUUCAGGUGUCGUCUUCAUCGCUAUAGACAGUAAGGACAACUCGCGGGUCGCUAUUAAGGACAUAGAUUUAACCAAACAGUCCAAAAAGGAUCUAAUACUCAACGAAAUUAACGUUCUCAAAGGCUUUAAUCACAAAAAUCUGGUCAACUUUCUUGAUGCCUUCCUAUGUUAUGAUCAUCUAUGGGUCGCAAUGGAGUUACUCGAUGGUGGUUCACUAACAGAUGUUGUCACAGAAGUUGUUAUGAAAGAGGGACAGAUAGCCGCGGUGUGUCGGGAGACACUCGAGGCUAUAGCUUUCCUUCAUUCCAAGGGAACCAUUCAUAGAGACAUAAAAUCCGAUAACGUUCUCCUAGGAAUGGACGGGACGGUGAAGGUAACCGAUUUCGGAUUCUGCGCGAACAUUGUUGGCGACGAGAAACGGCAGACCAUGGUCGGGACACCAUAUUGGAUGGCUCCCGAGGUCGUGACAAGAAAGCAGUAUGGUAAAAAAGUCGACGUAUGGUCUCUAGGGAUUAUGGCCAUUGAAAUGAUUGAAGGUGAACCUCCAUAUAUGAAAGAAGCGCCUUUGAGAGCAUUGUAUUUGAUAGCUGCUGUGGGUAGACCAAAGAUUCCCAGGUGGGACAAACUGUCUGCUGAAUUCCAGGACUUUUUGGACAAAUGUCUGCAAGUUGACGCAGACGAAAGAGCAACAGCAGAGGAGUUACUAGCACACCCAUUCUUGGAAUGCGCAGCGGAGUUAAAGUCUUUGACACCCUUGAUCAAGGCCGCGCAAAAAAUUCUCCACAAGAACUUCUCCGACUGAAGUGAAUAGUCAUUCUGGUUAGUAUUUUUAUAUUUGCGAUUAUUUCCACGAAUAUUGUGCCAAUGGACAGCGUGAUUCCUAUAAUUUUGUAAUCUUUGUAUGUUUUGAGCUUUGUGCACCGAAUAGCAGAGAAAUAUCACAAUUUUAGUAUUAAAUUGCUACAAAGUAGAUCGGUAAACAUUAUUAUAGGCAAACUACAUACCUUGAGUCCUUAUACUACAACGAUUUGGUUAUGAAGUUUGUCUGUAUGUUUACGAUCUACAUUGUAGACAAAGAAAUUUUUGAUAUGGGGUCCUUGCAUUGAUACUAGACCUUAUUGCCCUCGAAAAUGACUUCCGAGUAUAAAUGCGGGAAAUAGACAAACAUACUGUUUAACUUUUGAUAGUUCAAAGUUUAUUCUGCAUGUCACGAACGAACGCAUUAUUAGGAUUCGAAUCUUAUGAACUUAUUUUGCAAAAGCAUUGUGAAAGUGUAUAUUUUUUGUAUGGCAUUUAUUGAAUAGUACAUACAUUUUCAUGUGAUAAAUGCCAAUUAUAUAUUGUGGCUAUAAUAUUUUUGUAUUUUAAUAAUUAAAAAAAAAAACUAAGAGUUCCGUACAUGACUUGGCGUCCAUGUUUUUUUUUAAUAUAGUUCUUCUACAGCACUCUAUCUUUUUGCUAGUUUACUGUCUUUUUUGUGUGUGAGUUUGCCUGAAAACAUUAUCUCUAUGAGUACAUUUAAGGACUAAGUUACUAAUUAACAAUAUUACAACUGAUACUAUACUUAGCAUGGUGAUUUUGUGAAAUAGAAGAACUAUAGCAACUUGAGGAUUAAUUGCGUAACACAAUCUCAAUCAAUGUAACCUUCAUUAUAUUGCUUCUUUUGUAAAUUGAAUUUUUUAGUUUAAUAAAUGUAAUCACAAUUGCUUUUAUUAUUUUUACGAUCGCGUUACGCAAUUAAUUCUUUAUUUGUAUGUAAAUGUAUUUGAUAUGUACUGAUAAAUUAAGGCACGUAAAGUAUAAUAAUAAUUAAUUAAUAAGGCAUUUUUUUCUAGUUUUUACAUAAUUGAAAAUCAACAAUAAUAAUAAUUAUAAACAAAAUCGUAUUACACAAUAUUCAGUAUUCGUUCGUAAUUUAGCUUCGUUUCCUUUUUUAACCGACUUCAAAAAAAAGAAGGAGGUUCUCAAUUCAAUGCGUAUGUUUUUUUUUUCUCUUUUUUAAAUGUUUGUUAUCGCAUAACUUCGUCAUUUCUUAACCAAUUUUAAAAAUUCUUUUUUUGUUUGAAAGAGUAUACAUCCAGAUCGAUCCCAUUUAAUUUUCACGAAAAUCGGUGCAGUAUUUUUUGUUAAAAUGAAAAUUACGAAAUUGCCCGUACUGUGGCGCUGCCAAGAAUUCGGGAAAUUUAAACUUGCGUUAUUAUAGUCGGUAACUAUUGUUAUCACGUUUCUAAAAGAUAUGAUAUCUACUACCUACUGAUAUAAAUAGAUAUACAAUGUGCAUAUAUCACGCGUGAUAUAGUAAUCAGUAAAGGCCUGCCUUUAUGAAAUGUCUGAUGCAAAAAUACUACAUAAACCAUACUUGGAUUCGUAUUCUCUUGGACCACAUCGUCACUUUAUACAGGGUGCUCGGGAGUAUCUCCCAUAACUCUAGGGUUCUAUUCUUCAAGGAAAAUAAAUUAAAAAUGUCCAAGGAACAUGUGUUCUAAAAUGAAUAUUUUCGGAGUAAAAAAUAUUUCCUUUGGAAAUAGAUCUUAAAUUGUGUCUAUUAUAUCGCAUCCUUAUAUUACAACCUAGCCAAACUUAUUCAUUGAUAAAUAUCAUGAAGUAGCUUACUAGUAAAGUGCUGAGUGCCAGUUGCAAUAUAUCGUCGAUAUCGACAGUCUUACCACUACGAUUACGUAUUUUAAAAUGCAAGGAUAGAUAAAGUCGUGUGUUACAUGGAUAGUCGGAACUAUCUAAUUACUUUAUAUAAAACAUAAAAAUUUUUUUUUUUUAGUAAAAAAAAUAGUUAUGCGUUCGGCUCCUAUUAGUGGACUUGUCGACAUCUUGAAUUAUGGGAAAUACUUCCGAGCACCCUGUAUAAUCGCUAGCUUAUUCGACUAUUUCGUUUUAAAAGAACCCCCCAAAAUAACCUAACUAUUGAAAUCACACAUCUAUACUAAUAUUAUAAAAGGGUAGAAUUUGUGAGGUUGUAGGGGUAGCUCCGAAAUAAUAUACUGAACUUAUUUUGAAAAUUCUUCAUUGUGUCAUAGUCAUAGGUUGUAUUUUAUCCCGGCAUACAAAUUAUAUGCGAGCUAAAUAAUAUAAAAAAAUAUUUAGAUUGACAAGGAAACAUUCAAAAAGUUCCGAAACUAAUUCCACAAUUAGAAAAUAGUUGACACUUUUUUAAAAAAAAGAGUGUUAAAUUGUUCAUUAACGUUCUACUAGUUUGAAAAAAAAUAUUAUAUUCUUUAUACAUGAAAACAUAAUUUUAGUAUUUAAAUAUUUUUUGACAAUACGAGCCAAAACACUGUCGACCAUGAUGGUCUUUAUUUUGAUUGUUUCAUUAUGACGUCACAAAAUCUACGACAGCAGAUUUAGACGUUUGGAAAAAUUUAAUAAAAACAUGAUUUUUGAAUUAAGUAUUCUAUGAAAUCCUUAUCUUUUAUUAAUUGAUAUCGAUAUAUUUCGGACCCUUAUUCCAUGUACUACACGAAAUUAAUAUUGGUUAUAUUAAUUUGACAUGAGUCGACUAUACAUUGACACCUGUGAUUGACAGACUUAGGAGAUUUUAUAAACUUACAAGUUUUUAUAAGUGCAUCUCGUGUAUAAAACAAGCUUCACUUAGUUAGUUACUUAAAAUCGUUGUAAAUUAAUCUGUCCAGGAAUUGUAUUACCAAUUUUGAUAAAAUGGUUUUUUUUUUAAUGUUUUUGCUUUUCCUAAACAUUGAUUUUGUUGUGAUAUCUCCAUGCUAAACAAUUAAACAUGUCCUGUUAAAGUCCACCUUCCAGCUGAUAAUAUAACUAACGCUCAAUUUUAAUGAGGAAUAGGUUGUAUAUUUUAACGUUUGCUGUUGAAACAUAGGGCCGGGUGGGUCGUGCCCACCCUAGAAUGGACCUGUGCCCACCCUAGGGAUUCUGGGCUGCCAAUAUGGAAUUAUAUUAUGAUACUAAUAAUAGACUUGAUGUCAGGGGCCAGGCCCACCCUAGGUAAUAAUCAUAGAUACUCCAAUGUGUUGAAGUCAAGACUUAAAAGGUUAAUUCUAAAAAAAUCCUCAUCGCACAAAUUAACAGGAAUUGAAGCCGUGAAUUGGAUUUAUUUUUACAAAAUGAUUGUUUUUUUUUUAUAUUGAGAGGAAUUUGCAUUAUUUUUUGCUAUAAUUAAAAAUGACUCAAUGAAAAGUGGAAUCUAUAACAAAGGAAUAAGGUUGAUUGUAAUUUGUAUAUUUGACAAGAAUAUUUUUCGCUCUAUUUUCAGUUCUAAAAUGAUUAUCGAUCGUUUAGUUUAUAAGUUUAAUAAAGUUUUCUUUAUCAGUUUACCAAAAACUGUACAUAAAAGUAUGUUAAGAUUUUACCACAAAUGGCAUUUUUACUAAUAAGAACAUGUUAUUUUUUUUAAUUAAAUUCGUAUAUCGUUUGAAUUCAUAAAUACAAUUUUAAUGAGACUGAACCCUAAAAAGUUUAGUUGAUUAAAAAAAACAAUUUAACCAAACCAUAAACAAAAUAUGACAACUCAUUUUUUGUCGACGAUAUUACAAUUUAAUUUAAUUAUUUUACAAACGAAAUGGGUUUUUUAGUUACGUAUUGUAUUGUAUCACAUUCUUUAUUGUUUUCUACAUUCCUAUAAUUUUGACUUGAUGCGACCAAAUAUUUAUUUCUUUACUUUUUAUACUCUAUGCUUCUUAGACGUAAGAUAUAAAAUUAAGACUGUAAUAAAUUAAUAUGCUCACAUUCUAAUUUCUAUCCAAAUUGUAUGGUUACAGUGAAUUUUGUACGUUUGCAAAGAUCUAUUAAAAAGGUAUAGACGAGUUUAUAGGCGUUCUCCAAAUGCUAUGGUAUAUUAUAAUUCCACCCCUUGUGGUUAAACCACCACCUUAAAUGUGUGCAAAGGUCACUGUAACAUUUGUAUAAUGCUUCUAGUGAAAUUGAAUGAUACAAUAAUUAGGACAUUACAAUUUUUAUAUAAAUGUAUUAAUAAUGUAUGAUGUAUGUAAUUUUAAAUGAAUUUUUUCAUAAAUAAAAAAACACUUUAAAUUGUAAAUGGAAUGGUAUGGAGGUAGUUAGAUCGUUCUAGUUUUUACCACGCCACAUACCUAAUAUGUGAACUGUCACGUUCGGCGGAGUGUUAACCAUAAUGCUGUCAUAUUUAUCAGUGCAAUACUUUAUGAUUUUUAAAAUCAAAACAAUUUUGAAAAGUCAAAGAAACAGCGGCCAUCACGUUUUAUUUUUUAGUAUUUUAUUUUCUAAAGUAUUUUGGUAUGUAAUUUAAGCAAAAAACAUAAUUAAUUGUAAGAUAGUUUACAUGUUAGUAGGUAUUAUUUUGUACUAUGUUGUUUCAUGUUACAGCAGUAGCCAUAUUUCGAUUAAGAACGUUACGAAAAAUAAUGGAAUUGAAGUAAAAAAUAGGUAUCUGAAAAGAAUAAUUGGUAAUGGAAUACCCUCCACCAAGAGUGCCUGCUUUGAAUAAUUAGUUAUAGUUUGUAUUAACUAAUGUUAGUUCAACGCCACAGACUAAACAAAAAGAUGUAUAAAAGUUAUGAUAUUUAUUAGAUCAGAUCAGCAAUAUCAUCAUAUGACUAUUACAAUUUAGAAUUUCAUCGACGUGCUAAGUGCUUAUAAACGUUGGGUCUAGUUUACAUGAUCCUGUCUAAUGAUUUUGUACCUACUCGUAACGUAAUGGGCAAUGUUUGGUAAGUUUGGUUGUCCAAUUAGCGUUCGAUAAAAACUUAUUAAAUUACCCUAAAACGCACGUUGUGCGCUAGAUUAUGUAUCGAACUAUUUUAAAAAAUUAAAUCAAUUUGUGCAAACAGAACAAUGUAAAGUUGUUCUACUUUCUACCUUUGCCAAUUUUGUGACAUUGUGCACAACCCAGGAAACUUAACCAACUUCAUUUCCAUCUAUUUUCGUUUAGUCUGUGGCAUACGCAUCGCCGCACAACGAACAUUGUGUUAACUUUUCGAAGCUAGAUCGCUUAGUGAAUAAGGUUAUAAUAUACACCAAUGACACUUUUUUAACAUUUUAUUAUUAGAGAUUUGCCUAUUAAAUUAUUUUUGUAAAUGA